GGUAGAAGGAAGUGAAUACAGCUGCUGAGUGUUUGAGGAGCUUCGGGAGAGUCAGUCGACGUUUAAAGCGGUUUUAUUUUGUAGCGACAGUCAAACAGGAAACAUGGUGGCCAUGACGAAAAAAGUCAAAACCUUCCAGGUGGUCCUGUCGGACCCGUGCAAGUCGUUUUACUGCGGAGGGGAGCGGGUGUGCGGCCGGGUGGAGGUGGAGGUGACCGAGGCUCUGCGAGUGUCCGCCGUCAAGAUUCUGGCUCUGGGCCGGGCCAAGGUGGAGUACGCUAAGGGCAAGCAGCGGUGCCGACAGGAGGCCGAGUAUCUCCGGCACGAGGAGGUCCUAAAGCUGAGCGAGCAGCCCACAGACACCGAUGGAUCCGUGCUGCUGAGACCUGGCAACAAGUACGAGUACAGCUUUGGGUUUGACCUUCCUCAGCAGGGCCAGCUGGUGUCCUCCUACAAGGGAAAGUUCGGCUACGUCCAGUACUUCGUGAAGGCCAUGCUGGAGAGGCUGCAGCAGCCCACCAUGGAGUGCAGGAAGUCCUUCGAGGUGGAGGAACCUCUGGAUGUCAACACCCCAGACCUGCUGUCUCCCACAGGCGGAAUGAAGGAGAAGAAGGUCACCUGCAUGUUCAUCCCUGACGGCCAGGUGUCGCUGAACGCCAAAAUCGACCGCCGCGGGUUCUGUGAAGGCGAAGACAUCUGCAUCAAUGCCAAGUUCGAGAACACCUGCUCCCGGAUCGUGAUACCCAAAGCUGCCAUCAUUGCCAAGCAGACGUACCAGGCCAACGGGCGCACCAAGGUCUUCCGCCAGAAGCUGUCGUCGGUGCGUGGAAACCACAUCAUCUCAGGCAUGUGCGACGCCUGGCAGGGGAAGACCAUCAGGGUGCCGAAGCUCAAACCGUCCAUGCUGGGCUGCAACAUGAUCCGUGUGGAGUACGCGCUGAUGAUCUACGUGCACAUCCCGGGCAGCGAGAAGCUGAUCCUGGAGCUUCCUCUGGUCAUCGGCACCGCCGGCCUCGGCAGCCGCAGCAGCAGCGUGAGCAGCUACGACGGCUCGGUCAGCACCGCCUCCCAGAGCUGGGUGUCGCUCCGGAUGCCCUCGAACCCCCCCAGCUACUGCGACAUCACCAAAGACGUCCGCCUGGACCAGCCCCUCACGCCCCUGCUGGACGACGUGGACUGCGACAGUCCCAUCUUCAUGGACGCUCCGGGCUUCCAGUUCCCACAGCCUCCGGCGUACACCGAGACUGAUGGAGAGUGCAACGCCAACACCCGCAUGCUGCCUGUGUGCUGAGGUCCAGCUCAGACUGUUCCUCCGAGGAACUUUCCAGAAGCAGGAGCUCCAGACUUCAGCCGAGACCUGAUGCUGAAUGUAGACCUGGAGCCAGGACAGUGGACCUGAACAGAACCUAUCGCUGUGCUUUAUCUGUGCAGAUCCUGAGCGGUGGCCCUGUUACAUUUCUGUGUGCGCUGUCGCCUGCAGAGACUGUGGGCGUCUUUGUUUUUCUUAAGGACGCUGGGACCCGGUAUGGUCCGGGUCGGACGGGUUUGUUCCCACGAAUCAUUCCAGCCUUGUUUUCAAAGGAGGAGCUGCCAUCUUUGUUGGGUUUGCUGUGUUGAAGAGAACUUGUUUCCACAUGGAUCAUAUUUCCAAACAGCAGAGUUUAAAUGUUUUUUCUGCCUUUUUUUUUUCAGCACUUUGUGAUUUUCAAUCUGCUCUUCUGCUGCUGAACUCUUCACCUCUGUUGUUUUCACGUGGAAACCGUAAAGUUGUAAAAACCCUCGUCUGAUGUCUGCAUGUUGUAACGUUUCUGACACUUAGUGCCAAACUGAUGGAAGACUUGUGCUCCGAUUGAUCCAAAGCACCUUAUUAGAGUUUGGGUCAUUUGCUUUAUCUCUGGACCUUCAGGGCUCCACGAGAAUAUUGGGUUUGACUGAUUUGUAUAAAAGUUUUUCAUGUUGUUCAGUACAGAAACUAUUUUUUAUAUCAAACCCUAUGGGUCAGAAUUUUUUAUGAAU